AUGAGUCUCUCUGACAAAGACAAGGCCCUGGUGAAGGCCAUCUGGGCCAAGGCUGAGGGCAAGGCCGCAGAGCUGGGUGCUGAGGCCGUCAGCAGGAUGCUGGUUGCCUACCCCCAGACCAAGACCUACUUCUCUCACUGGGGAGAUCUGAGCCCAGGAUCUGCUAAGGUGAAGAAGCACGGUGCUACCGUGAUGGGAGCUCUGGGACAAGCUGUCAAGAACAUUGAUAACCUUGUGGGUCACUUGAGCGCCCUCAGUGAGCUGCAUGCCUUUAAGCUCCGGGUGGAUCCUGCCAACUUCAAGAUCCUGGGCCACAACAUCAUCCUGGUCUUUGCCAUGUACUUCCCUGCAGAGUUCACCCCAGAGGUCCACGUCGCUGUGGAUAAGUUCCUUGCAAAUGUGGCCCUGGGACUGUCUGAGAGGUACCGCUAA